AUGUCUCCCAUUGUUUCGCCACGAAUCAAAUAUAUUUUGUUCGACUGUGGUAACACUCUCGUUCAAUCCGAGGACCUUGCCUUUGAGGCUACCGCCAGUGUCGUCAACGAGUUCCUGUCCACGAGCAACGUUUCUUUCCGUUAUAACCCUGAAGAUCUCAAGAUCCUGUUCCCGGACUGGACCUUCCGUGGGAUGGUGUAUCGCCUGCAGAGGGAGCUUGGCUUCACACUGUCGAGGAGCGAGCUAGUACGCUUGACCGAGCUGGAAGAAGAGCGGGUUAUCGCUAAAUUGGAAGAAAAGGCAGAGCCAUGUGCUGGAGCUAUGCAGGUCCUGGCCACACUCCACGAGGAGAACAAGUACAAACUGGCGGUCACCUCCACCUCUUCUUCACUCCGCCGUAUCCAGGCCUCUCUUUCAGCCUCUGAUCUGGACCAAUUCUUCGACCCUGGCGAGGUGUACUCCGGAUUGACUAUCUCGUCCAAGCCAGUGAGCAAGCCUGAUUCUCCCAUCUACCACCAUCUCCUGGAAAAGUACGGCGUAAAACCCCAUGAAUGCAUGGCCAUCCAGGACACCGCUGCCGGUGCUGACGCUGCGGUUCGGGCAAGAAUCCCUGUCAUGGGCUAUGUUGGCGCCUGUCAUUCCAGCGAGGAGAAGCAUGAGACUAUCUCACGGCUCGCUGUGGCAGGUUGCAAGAGCAUUAUGUGGCAUUGGGAUGAUUUCGACAAGGAAUUCGAACUGCUCAAAGAACAAAUCAAGAAGUGA